AGCUCUACUAGAUAACUCCAUUUUGUUAAGAUACGAGUUUUUUGUCUUUGCUUCCUCACGAGUCACGACAGCCAGGAGCAGCACCGUCGCCGGCGAGUCUCCGCCGUCCAUGGCGGCCACCGGCGCCUGCCUCCUCCCGCCCGGCGUGUCUCCGGCUCCCCGUCUCCGGGGCCGAGCUUCAGCCGCCGCAAGCUCCGACCAGAACCCGAGACUCAGCUCGUCGUUGACCCGCGGAUGCGCCGUUUCGAAGCAGCAGGCGCCCUCCGCAUUGACUGGAACUACCAUUCCUCGGACGAGACCGGUUGGAGAACACGGGAGGCGCUACGAGAAGAGCACGAGCUACCGGGGCUGGUCGGCGCCGUUCAUGGAGGACGUGGAGCUGGAGAGCGGGCCCGACAGGGUGAAGAGGUUCUUCGAUCAUGCGAAGGACCUGGCCAGGCCGGACGGCGGACCGCCUCGCUGGUUCUCUCCUCUGGAGUGCGGCUCUCGCUCGGAGAAGUCGCCCCUGCUUCUCUAUUUACCCGGAAUUGACGACACUGGAGCUGGGCUUACUUCCCAUCACAAGAAGCUCGGAAAGAUAUUUGAUAUUUGGUGCUUGCACAUCCCAGUCAUGGAUAGAACGUCAUUUCGAGACCUGGUGAAAAUGAUUGAGAGAACAAUAAAAUCAGAGAACUACCGCUCCCCAAAUAGACCUAUAUAUCUUGUUGGAGAAUCACUGGGAGGAUGCCUUGCACUAGCUGUUGCAGCACGCAACCCUGACAUUGAUCUUCUAUUAAUCUUGGCCAACCCAGCGACAUCAUUUGACAAGUCGCAAAUACAAGCACUAUUACCUCUCCUGGAGUUAAUGCCAGAACAAUUGCAGCUAACCUACCCUUUCAUCCUGAGUUUUAUGGCAGGUGAUCCUUCGAGGAAGUUCAAGGCUAGCACAGAAGAAGGGCUUGCUCCACAACGAACAGUUGAAGAGCUAUCAAAGGACUUAUUGACCAUGUCAUCUCAUGUAUCUGUCCUUGCUGAUAUUCUCCCUAAAGAAACACUUCUGUGGAAGCUUCAGAUGCUAAAAUCAGCUUCAGCAUAUUCAAAUUCACGCAUUCAUGAUGUCAAUGCACAGACUCUUCUUCUUACAAGUGCGAAGGAUUGGUUAUUGCCAAGUCAAGCAGAAGGUGCUAGACUAAACAACGCACUGCGGAGAAGCCAUAUCCGGAAGUUUGAAGACUGUGGUCAUUACCUUUUCUUGGAAGAUGAUUUUGAUUUGGUGACCAUAAUUAAACGUGUUGGUUUCUACCGUCGUGGAAAAUGUCUUGACUACGUUUCGGACUACCUGCCACCAACCCCUGCUGAAUAUAGGAAAGUAUAUGAAUCGAACAGAUGGUUUAAUGAGAUAACUGGACCAGUGAUGCUGUCAACUUUAGAGGAUGGGAGGAUAGUUAGAGGUCUGGAUGGGAUUCCAUCAGAGGGCCCAGUUCUAUAUGUUGGCUAUCACAUGUUAUUAGGACUUGAACUGGUACCUUUGGUAACUGGAUUCAUGAACGAGAGGAACAUUCUUUUACGAGGGAUAGCACAUCCUAUGAUCUUCGAGAAUUACGAAAAAGGACAAACGGUUGAACCUGAGUACUUUGACAAUUACCGGAUAAUGGGUGCAGUACCUGUUUCAGGGACCAAUUUGUUCAAGCUUCUUUCGUCAAAGUCUCAUGUCUUGCUCUAUCCAGGAGGCAUGCGUGAAGCACUUCAUCGUAAGGGUGAAGAGUACAAGCUAAUUUGGCCAGAACAGUCUGAGUUUGUCAGGAUGGCGAUUAAAUUUGGAGCCAAAAUAGUGCCUUUUGGUACAGUUGGAGAAGAUGACUUUGGUGAGGUCUUUUUUGAUUAUGAUGACCAAAUGAAGAUCCCAUACUUUAGGAAUUGGAUACAGCAACUGACGGAAAAUAGUGGAAAAGUGAGGUCUAAUGCAACUGGAGAGGUAGCCAAUCAAGAUGUCCACCUUCCUUGGAUUCGGCCAAAAGUUCCUGGCCGAUUCUAUUUUUGUUUCGGAAAACCAAUAGAAACAGCAGGGAGGAGGGAGGAACUGAAAGACCGGGAAAAAUGUCAUGAACUAUAUCUACAAAUCAAGUCAGAGGUGGAGAGCUGCAUGGUAUACCUGAGAGAGAAAAGGGAGAGCGAUCCUUAUAGGAGCAUCUUCUCCCGAUUGAUGUACCAGGCAACACAUAAUUCUGCAUCUAAAAAAAUUCCAACCUUUGAACUGUGAUGGAAUGGAAUAUAUUCGGAGAUGGACCAUUUUGCUUUUUGGAUUCCCUCUCAAACAGCGUAAGCCACGGGCUUUUUAUUGUACAGUGUAGGAGGUCUUUUGGCUAAUCAUUAUUCAGACUCAGCUGACUUCUGGACUUGCUGAGCCUCAAGAAUAAUUAUGGACAGGGCUUCUCUGCUUGGCUUUUCAAGCUCUUACUAAAUUUGUUCUUCAGUUUUCUUUUUUCCUUCUAAUUUAUGUGGUCUCUCAGGAGUAGAGAAGCUUUUGCCUUUCAGAACUGGUGGAUGUAAUAAUGGACAGCCUUCUCUGUCGCCAUAGAUGGUAUCAAGUGGUUUAUUUUCGCAUUA